AGUCCUUGUAAUUUUAAUUCUUAAUUUUGUAUGUAAACACUUGCAAUAACUUAACAAACACAUCCAAAGAAACUGUUUAAUUAUGUCAACAUCUGUCAUAACAGUCGGCCUUAAUUAAUGGUUAUUGAGGUAAACAAAGCCGCGGUCCGUGGCUAGUGUUAGCUUAUCAGAGAUAGCGGGAAGCAUUAAAACCGUUUAUCAUAUAUUGACGCAUUUAGUUUAUCGAUCGCAUACAUUCGGACAGCGCGGGUUUUGUGUAUUUGUGAUUUAUUAAAAUGGAGGUGCAAACUACGAUCAAUCUGGAAUUAAAAGAACGACCGCAUGCUGAAGAUGACGCGUCCGCGUGUGAUUCUGACGCGGCGGUGGAGGCGGCGGCGGCGUUCGCGCGCGCCUGCGCUCCCGACACGCAGCGCCUGCUCGCCCCGCACUCCCCGCACACGCCCCACACGCCCCGCAGGCUGCACGACCACGAUGAAUACGAGCGGCUGCUUCGGCGCGCACGCAGCGAGGAUCUGAGCGAGAUAUCGGGUAUUGGCUGCUUAUACCAGAGCGGCGUGGACCGUCUCGGCCGGCCGGUGGUCGUCUUCAUCGGAAAAUGGUUCCCCAUUGGAGAUAUCGAUCUUGAUAAGGCGAUGCUGUACCUGAUCAAACUGCUGGAGCCGAUCGUCCGCGGCGAUUACGUAAUCGCCUACUUCCACACACUCGCCUCCUCCGCCAACCACCCGCCCUUCUCCUGGCUCAAGGAGGUCUACACCGUGCUGCCUUACAAAUAUAAAAAGAACUUGAAAGCAUUCUACAUUGUACAUCCUACGUUUUGGACAAAGAUGAUGACGUGGUGGUUCACGACGUUCAUGGCGCCGGCGAUCAAGGCGAAGGUGCACAGCCUGCCCGGCGUCGAGUACCUCUACUCGGUGAUGGCGCGCGACCAGCUCGAGGUGCCCGCCUUCGUCACUGAGUACGACAUGACUAUAAAUGGCCUCCACUACUUCCAGCCUGAUACCAGCAGCACGUAGACUGACUGCUGCCGUCGCCUGCUUCCCUAAUAAUUUAUAUUUGGCCAAAAAAACAAUACAAAAACCUGUAAAACAAAAAAUCUUAAUUAAGUUACUUGAAAGAAUAUUAAAUUCGGUAAUUUUUACACAACACUGUGAUACAAUAUUACUGGAUUAGUAAAAUUGAUACUGGAUACAGAUUAUACUAUUUAGAAAUGUUUGGAAAAUCCAGAAAAAAAAAACAUAA